AUGGCAAGAGAAGCACGGGGCCAGAAGCGGCCUGUGCCAUGCCUGGAACUUCGAUGGAAGCGCAGCGCGUGCCAGACAAAAAGGUACGACGAACUCCAAGGGCUGCUGGUUGCGACUGUCGAAGUGCCACAGAUCGAGUAUGUGGACGAAGAUGUGCAGGUGCCUGUGCAGCGGCAUCGUCAUGUGCCGGUGCCGGUGCCAGUGCAGCGAACCGUGGAGGUUCCCGAGGUCCAGUACGUGGACCGAUACGUGGAGGUGCCCACUCAGAACCAGGUCAUGGUGCCCGAGGUGCGGAAGGUGCAGAAAUCCAUCGAGGUGCCGAAGAUCGAGUACGAAGAUGUCCUGGUACACGUGCCGGUGCAGAAGCAAAGGCAUGUGCCUAUGCUGCAGGUGGUGCAGAAGACCGUGGAGGUCCCUGAAGUCGUCUACCAGGACAAAGUGGUGGAGAUCCCGGUGCGGAAGAUGGUCGUCGUCCCUCAGGUCAUCAAGACCCAGAGGAAAGUGGAGGUGGAGAAGAUCGAGUUCAUCGACGAAGUUGUGGAGGUGCCGAUCGUGCGGCACCGGCCGGUGCCGGUGCUCUCGCACACAACCAGGAAAGUGGACGUGCCCCAGGUGCAGCUUGUGGACCGGUUCGUGGAUGUGCCCGUGCCAGCAGGGUGCUGA